AGUGAGAGAUGAGUUGGGCAGCUGAUUCGGUCCACGGUUUUGCGUCGGUGCCUGUUUGUACUAUAAGGGUUUUUAAUUUUGAAGCAAAAAACUACGAAAGAAUAAAUGGAUUUGAACAAAAGUUAAAUAUUGAAUUAAAGUUAGUUUUGCACUGUUGAAUACAAAACAAAUGGGUAGAAACAAAUUUGUUGCAAAUAUAAGUGAAAAAUUCAUUAUGAAUCAAAGAAACACGCACUUUAAAUAGUUUAAUUUUUGAACUUUAAAUGCAAAUAUAUCAAAAACCAUAAGUCAACGGCAACUAAAUGUGUAUAUAUUCUUUAUCUGGUGAACCUCCUCUAUUCGUAAAUACCCAUCCGCUAUUCUAUUCUCAACCUUUCUUAGUUUUUAAUUGAGGAUCAUUAUCAUUGAAAACUAAUUUGUUAAAAAUCAUAGUAGAAGUCUCCAAGCAAUAUUGUCGCUCAUAAAAUUAUCGAGAUAACAACUAUUGCUUAUAGGGAUAGCAGAUUACUUUAAGUGUAAUUUUAAGCGCAUUUAUUUAGAUGUGAUUUGUUUGAGCAAAUAUCCAAAUAAGUUUGUUGUAUUUUGAUAUUUAUCUGUAUUGUUGGUUUUGAGUACGCGCCCUAUCUUUUUGUAAUGGCUACGGAUUGGGAGUGUAUUCCCCACUUUUAUGAAGUGCACAAGAACCCAUUACAAGGCUACAUAACUUAUGAGCAUCCAUUAAAAAUACACGGAGUGACUAUAUUCGAAAGUAAAGGUACCAAACAUUACUUGAAAGAUAUUCGGAGUAGCUUGAGUAACGAUAAUAGUUCACGAGCUUCAUCAAGCAUUUCAUUAUCGGUUGAGCCGCUCACUUUAUCCUUUGAUGGAACCGAUCCACUGUCCCUAUUUGCACGGCAAGAUCAAGAAAAUAUGGAUCCUUUAACACAGAUAGCUACAGAAUAUCAAAUGGAAAAAAAUAAUGAUAGAAAAAGUUUGGACGAAGAUAAUAUAAGUUGGGGCGCAAAGCGAUUGGGGAUAUUGAAUCGAUAUACAACGUCAGAAAAGCUGUCAAUUUCCACAAGUUUUCUUUCAGCAGUAAACUCAGGUGGAGAAGGAAUCAAAGCUCAGACCGUAGUUGCCGACAAAGUUAAAUUUCGCCUGGAACAGCUGGAUGACUUCGAUGAUGAUACCGUGAGUCACAUGAUUGAUUUAACUCAACAGGAAUAUAUACAACGUAUUGAACAAUUAAAUCAAGAAUUGAUAACGUCGUGGAACGAUGAUCAACGUGUAAAAUCAUUAAAAAUUGUCAUUCAAUGUUCCAAAAUGCUUGCCGACACUUCUGUACUUAACUUUUAUCCCAGCCAAUUUGUUCUGAUAACUGAUAUUCUUGAUAUGUUUGGAAAAUUGGUCCAUGAGCGACUUAAUAUUAAAGCAAGCAAUAUUGCUGGCGCUGGAGAAAACAGAAAAACGAGUGAUUCUGAGCCAUUGUAUGAAAACGCCAGAGAAACUUGUCAAAAUUGGUUUUUUAAAAUUGCUUCUAUUCGGGAACUAUUACCCCGUUUAUAUUUGGAAAUGGCUAUACUCAAAUGUUAUGACUUUAUAUCACCUAACGAAUUCGAUAAAAAUUUACUUCGUAUUACUAAAAUGAUCCGUGGUAUUGGUGACCCUUUAGUGCAGACGUAUGCACGGUGCUAUUUGGUUCGUAUUAGUCUAAAUGUAACGUCUAAUAAAGAAUCCAUAAAAGAAAAUUUUAAGGAUUUCCUUAAAAUCUACAACACGAUUUUUAGCGGAGCUGUUCGUUCAGAACUAAAUCGCCAGCAAGUCAACAUUGAAACAUAUUUAUCAUUGUACAGUCCUGCUUUGGAUUUCAUGUUAUUAGCACUUGUUCACAAAAACAAUAUUUACACAGAAGAAAUAAUGAACGAAUGCAAAGAAACAAAAAAUAAUGGAUUACUGUUUAUUUCCAUGCUGAAUGUAUUUCAAUCAGAGUUCAUUGCUGCAAACGGUAUGGAAUUCGUUAGGUUACUUGCAAGCUCUAACACAGAAGGCAUUUCGAAAGCACACUUGUUCCGCGCCCUUGGCGUUAGUGUCAGCAGCUGCCCACCACUUCCAGAGCAAAGGUUACAAUUUUUGAAUGGUUCUUUUAAUACCAUAGAUACUUUCAUCGAUUCAACUGAAUACAUAAACUGUUUAGAAACGUGGGCACAAUUUAUUGCAAAAAAUUUCUCUAUAACUGUUAUCAACAAUCUGUUGGGAACAAUCACGUUACGAGUGAACGCAAGCCGAACAUAUGAGAGAUUUUAUACUCAAUUGCAAAAUAUUUUAGACAAAAUUUUGCAACAUUUUGAAAAUACGGAGUUGUUGCUAAUUCAGGAAAAUUUUUUACCAUAUUUAGAUCUUUUUAAGAAAGAUUCAAAUAGGAUACUCGUAUGCAAGAACAUUAUGAUAAGGUUCCAACAUAAAUCCGAAGAUAAUAUCUCGGAUGAAAUUGUGAUCAAUGCGAUCAUGUUUAUUGGAAAGAUUCUCAGCGACUCUGUGACCGCUCAAACCGUAGAGGAUGAACGGCGACAAAUUUCGCUGUUGAUAAGCAGUUUCAUACGUAAAGUUACUUACCCAAAAGAUUUUGAACGACAGCUUAGUUUUUAUGUGGAAGCACGUGAAGCUUUCACGGAUUUAGACACAGUCUAUAUAACAUUGGUAAAUUCGGUAAAUAAGUUAGCUGUUGAGAUACGACAUGUGGCUAAAGAAAAUUAUACUCAAAAAACUGGAGCGUUUGUAAAAGCAUGCAUAGCAUUCUCUUUCAUUUCAAUCCCUAGUAUCACAGCAAUUCCAAAUCAAAUGGACCUUUACUUACUGACCGGUCAGGUGGCGCUAUUAAAUCAAUGUUUAGGACAGGCGGAUGCGUGUUUCGAAGCCGCACUUCAGUUAGUGAGUAACUUACCACGAUCCGUGGAAAUGGAGGGCAUACCACGGAAUCUGGAGACGUAUUUGGUAUCUUACCUUUGCAACAUGUUAGCAACAUUGGUGGUAGUACCUGAUAGUCCCGAUCAGGGAGUGUUAUAUCUACUACGUCUACUACUUUCAGAGGUCACUAAAUUUCCCUUCGAUGCUCAAAGCUCUGGACUGGUCAUCGUCUAUUUGCACGCUCUAGACAUGUUGUACGUACAAAGUUUGGAAGAAUUCCCUUAUCACAUUCCCUGCGUUGUUUCAAAUGAUGAACUUUAUGGUCAUGAUCAGAAAUAUCUAACAGAAGUCAAUAAUAUAUGCGUUCAAGUCAUUGAUGACAUCUUAGUUCAACUUAAAAUACUGGGUAGCAAACGCCAAUUACGUACGCAGGCCACACUAGCUUUGGAAUUAUUUUUACGUAUCGUCCGGUAUGCUAAUCUUAGCCGCGAGAAAACUUUCCAAUUGGCUGUCAAUCUUUGGCUUCUUGCUGUAAAGGCGGAGUCCCACAUCGACGUUAAGUUAAUUGUAAAUCACCAUGCCUUAAUGAAUUUCGAACACAGUACACGCAUAUCCUACAUAUAUGUAUAUUGGCCAAUACAAUUCUUAAAUCGCAUACGUUACAAAAUGUUGAAUUCAUCUACGAACAAAUUAAGAACACAAAUACACAAAAUGCGCGGCCACUAGCACGAUUGCUGCACCAAAUUCAAACGAAAUAGUAUAAAUGAUUAAGUGUCUUCACAAACCCGUCAGCUCAAACUUUUGUAAAAUGUAUCCUUGCACUUACACUCCUUUAUAUAUGUAUGUUUGCCUUAUAUAAGGAAAGUAAUAUAUAGGAAAUGCGAAUGCAAAGUAUUUGUGCGAACGAUUUUAAUCAUUUUUUUAUUGUAUAAUUGUUUGAAGUAGAGUAAAUUACACUUAACAAUUUAUUGAAAUUCAACCUUAAUGAAUUAAGCGUUGGCAUUUGUGCAAUAUUUAAAAUAAAUAUAUUAAGUCCCAGUAUUAUGAUCUGAUGACCUCGAAUCAACAUUUGAAAAAUUUGCCUAUGAACUUGAUGGAAACACCAGAUUUGUGUAAUUAAAACUUGCUGGAACACAUACAUGUGUACGUAUGUAUGUAUUAA